AUGAAUACUACAAAAGAGUCUGCAGCAGGGCGCCGGCAGAGCUGGAACUUGCACCACUCACGGCGAAAAAGGUCCAGCACUGCAAGUCUCCUUGAGAGCCGCGAGUACACCGACACGAACCACUUUUCGAAGCAAACCGCUUGGACAGCCGAACAACUUCACCGGAAAGGUUUUCGUCGCCACAGUUAUGAUGUACCGACACCGCCGUGCAUUUUCCGGCGGUUCACCCCGAACGGACGAUUUCUCCUUGCUCUUGACCGAAACGGAACGGAUCUGCUUGUCUUCCCUUACGUACACUGGUCCAGUUCUGUGCCGUUUUCUACGCAAUUGAAGGGCGCUGACUGUUGCAGUGCGGAAGACCCGGCCAACAAGGUAAACCUGUCCGAGUCAGGCGGUUCGGCCUCGUUUUCCGACUUUUUUCGUGAGCCUCUACGGAUAAGUGUAGUGAAUGCCUAUACGACUGGCUUCCUUGCGUAUAAUAGGGCACGCGCUUUUGGUAUGGAUACACCACUGGAGGCAGAAUGGGACCCUACUGGUGUCUACCUUCGGGACUUGCUUCUGUGUACACCCUGUGGUCGAUUUGUUCUCCUGGGAGCGUGGCGAGCUCCGUCAACACCCGCACUGACGCACCGAGGCGAGAGCCUUCGUACUGGAUCACAAAUAACUGCCGCUGUAUCGGAAAAUUCCCACUCGAAUCGUGAGCGGUCAUCUACAGACAGCCAUAUGGAAAGCGCAACAACCGGAAGCGGGCAAAGAGGCAGCUUUCGGCGACUCGCAGCGCGCCACGUUGCCGAUUCGAGUUCGCCUGCUUCUUUAGCAGGAUGCCCUGUAGUACCCUCUGUCUACCUUUUUCUGGUCGACAUGGAAUUACAGCGAGUUGUAGAUGUCUUCAUGUUGCGUAAUGACCUUGUAUUACUCGACGGAAACUCCGGUGUCCAGCUAUUUGAUGCGGACCUCGUGGCAGUGACCUCCAUGGCGCAUCAGGCAGUGCAUCUGUUACGUAUCCGGCAAGGAAUCGGUGGUCUGAAUCAACAGUGUGGAUGCUUCCAGUACUUGACGAGCUUCGGACCGCACUGUUUCUCCGAUGACGCGUUACUCAUUGCCAAACAAUAUCGCCGGGAGCGCGAUUUUCGCCGACAAGGUCGACGCGUCUUUGCACUGCAGUUACGUGAUCUUUUACAGACGGAGAACUCCAGUGCAGAAAGCGAGCCGCUAGAUGACGUUCCAGUUCAGCCGUCCGAGGCCAACAAUGACGCCUCAGCAGCCGGGGCAUGCAUUUUGCCGUCGCACCCGCAGGAAACAUCGGUGUUGCCUGUCGGCAUGCAGAAGGAGCCUGUCGGCGGCAUCGUGGAGUCUGGGAUACCCCAGAGACGGUGCCGUCGACAGCGCCCCCAGAGCGAUGACAAUUCGGAACGCGAGGCUUCCCCCUUUGUGAUGCCAUGUACGAGUGCGGCCGCUGUAGCUGGUACUGCUAUGGCUGCAGCGGCGUGUCGUAUGGCGUAUCGCCCGCAAGAAAAGGAAUGUUUCAUCACGGGUUUGAAGCAGCGUCUGCUAACCUUUCUGUAUCGGAGCUACACACAGGGAAAGCCAUGCUCAUAUUAUGAGCGGUUUGCGGCAUCGUUCGAGAGCCUGCAGUCCUUCGUUAUUCAGCGCGCUGCGCUGAUCAGCAAAAAGCAUUUCCUGGUACGCAUGGUUCCCGCGCGACUCGCCCUGAAACACUUUCUCGGCCGGACGGCUUGCUCUCUCUUUCAUCAGCCAUGGUACGUUUCGGGCGUUGCGGUUACGGGACUGGUCGAUUCUGACUUGGCGCUACUGCACGCAGCAGAAGCGCACAGCACUGCAGAUUCUGAGCAGAUACCGGCGAGCGCGGAACCAGGAUCGUACAGGCAGCAACUUCAGCAUCUAUUACACGCCCCCUGUCCUGUACUCGCCGACAACAUUGUUGCCUCAAAACGCCGACAGGAUGCUUUGAGUGCUCUGGUGGCUCAAUUGCGCACCACGUUUUACGUGAUCUACGACUAUUUGAGCACACAAAUUGAGGCAGUGUUCUCGCCCGGCUCGGUGGAAUUCCUCGCACUCGCACGUCACCAUCCGGAAUGGUUCGGGUUGCGCUCCGGCGUGCCGCUGUAUCGCAUAGAGAGCGCCGUGGAACGACUCGAGGAAUUGAAACUAGUCUGUGGAGCGGUCUACUGUCCAGUGUGCCACCGGGAGCACCGCUGCGGUAGCGUUGCUGCGCGGAACACGCCACGCAACAUGGCUCAUGGAACAGACGAACGUGCUGCUCUUGUCAAGGCAGAAAUUGCCCUAUUAUCGGCGGGCGCUCCGCUUGAUACAUCACAGAGGCACGAGCGCUGGUCGAUGGCUGUGAAACCGGAGGCAGGUGCUGGUGAAACUUCUUCGACGGGUAAGCGUGCCGACACUAGAGCGGUUACCGGGAACUGCACAACUUUAGGACAAGAUUUAACGGAGCGCGGACCUGUCAUGGAUGUCGCUCACCUGUACAGGGAGCCUUUGCUAACGAUGUUCUUGCUGCUGCCGUUGCCGUGCCAACCGGCUAUCUUUUCGCCCUGGUUGAACCGACGGUUCUUCUCCUACGAUGAAUCAAAGUUGUGGAGUAGAGACCUAUUCCAUCCAGCCGUAUGCGACGAGUAUCCCAUGGUGCGUGUUUUUCAUCGCGUACGCGGAACACUCUCUUGGCGUAUCUAUCCGGCAGCGAAGAAUGAGAGAGAGAGAUUAUCUGCUCGCCCGUUCGUGCAGCAGCAGCAGCAGCAGCAGCAGCAGCAGCGCUUGGAAGCUUCACGAACACAUACGCCCGUGGAAGGCGCGCGUACGUCGACGACGCACGCUGGUGCACCAGACCACAGCCAAAGAACCGUCACUGACACCAUGUUGCAAGCAACGGUAUCGUACUUGCCGGAUGCGGAAGCAGAGCCGCGUUCCAGAGUUCGCCAAUACGCAUCCUAUAUCUUUCACCCACAAGAUGCUUUUUGUCUGAGUAUUUUAUGGUCAUCAGAACGAGCACCAGUUGUGAAUCUGCACUACGCUUGA